UUUUCUUUGCCCGUCACAUUGCUGACCGAAACAUAUUUCUUUUGCUGCGUCGCCACUCAGUCUCUAGUUCUUUGUUGGAAAGCUUCAGCAUUGGAGCACUGGCACAAGAUAAACAUGUUUCAUUGCCAUUUUCCAAAACAGCAUCUUCAACUACAAUGUUUCAUGACCCUUCUGUGCUUUACUGUUCCGAAAGAUGAAGGUUUCCAAGUUGGGUUUUGAUAUGAAAUUGUGAAUAAUUUGAUUAGUGAAUGAAAACUGAUGUUUAGAGUUGGGAUGGUUCAUAUUUGACGGAAGAAAAAUAAAGGUGAGAAAUUUCCAGGUUGUGAAGCUUGAUUUGUGUUGUUUUGUGUUGAAGGGUAUGUAAUGGAAGAAGGGUUGUGCCAAAACUCUGUUCCUGCUUCAGGUUCUGUUGAUAAAUCUAGGAUUGUAGAAGUUAAACCCCUACGUAGUUUGGCACCAGUUUUACCAAAAUCUCUUGAAUCUUCUCUAUCUGGCAAGUACUCAUCUGGGUUUCCUCCAUUUGUUUUAUUUGAGGAACCUAGGGAACCUACACCUCAACCAUCACCUGUUCCCAUACCGGCUCCAAUAAGGUCUUAUAGGAACCCACUAGAUGAAGAAGAAACCCCUCAAGGAGCCAACGGAGAUAAAUCUUCAUCCAUGGGGGGUUUGAAUGAUAACUGUGUUGCUGAUAGUGGAAAGAGUUUGAACACCGGCAAAUUAUCCCAAAAGAGGAGUAAGAAAACUCAGGCGUCGCAUACUAAUUCAGUUUCUUUUGUUGGUGGUAUUAGCCUGGCCCAAAGAGAUGAUGGUGAUCGCGAAGGGGUUAAUCUUGUGCUCAUGACGUUUGACUCUCUUCGUCGAAGGCUCUGCCAACUUGAAGAUGCCAAGAAGUUGAACACCAUGAUGGCAAUCAAGCGUGCAGAUUUAAGAGCAAGCAAUGCAUUGACGGCCAAAGGGUUUCGAACUAAUGCGAAGAAGAGAGUAGGAGCAGUGCCUGGGGUUGAGAUCGGGGACAUUUUCUUUUUGCGAAUAGAAAUGUGUCUUGUAGGCUUACAUGGCCAGUCAAUGGGUGGAAUUGACUACAUGACUAUCAAAGAUGAGCUGCAGGGGGAACCAGUGGCUGUAAGCAUUGUUUCAUCUGGAGUAUAUGAUGAUGAUGCAGAGGAUAGUGAUGUUUUAAUUUAUAGUGGUCAGGGUGAGAACUUCAACAAGAAAGACAAGCAUGUGACUGAUCAGAAGCUUCAAAGGGGCAAUCUUGCUUUAGACAAAAGUUCGCGACGACACAAUGAAGUUAGAGUCAUCCGAGGGUUGAGAGAUGCUAUGAACAGAAGUGCAAAAAUCUAUGUAUAUGAUGGUCUUUAUAAAAUCCAAGAUUCUUGGAUAGAAAAAGUGAAAUCUGGUGGUGGUGUAUUUAAGUAUAAGUUUGUUAGAUUGCCUGGACAACCUAGUGCUUUUUCUGUUUGGAAAUCGGUUCAGAAGUGGAAGACAGACUCCACUUCAAGGCCUGGCCUUAUUCUUACAGACCUCUCUAAAGGAGCUGAGAGUUUUCCUGUAUCACUUGUCAAUGAAGUUGAUAAUGAGGAUGGCCCUUCCUGUUUUACUUAUUUCCAAUCUCUUAAGCACCCAAAACCAUUCAGUUCAAUGCAGCCUUCAUAUGGAUGCAACUGUAACAAGAUGUGCGUUCCUGGUGAUUUGAACUGUGUUUGCAUUCAAAGAAAUGAAGGUGACUUUCCAUAUACUGUAAAUGGCGUUCUAGUGAGUCGAAAGCCAUUGGUUCAUGAGUGUGGCCCAAUGUGUAAGUGUUUUCCUAACUGCAAGAAUCGAGUAUCCCAGACUGGUUUGAAGCACCAAAUGGAAGUGUUCAAAACUAAAGAUAGAGGGUGGGGACUUCGAUCACUGGAUCCUAUACGUGCUGGUACUUUUAUUUGUGAGUAUGCAGGAGAAGUUAUUGACAGAGACGAGGUAAAUCAGAAUAGGGGAGAUAAUGAUGAGUAUGUUUUUUAUACAAGCCAUAUUUAUGAACCAUUCAAAUGGAAUUAUGAACCUAGCUUAUUGGAAGAAAUAAGCUCAAAUGUCUCUAGUGAGGAUUAUGCUAUAUCGUCUCCUCUAAUUGUCAAUGCCAAGAAUGUUGGAAAUGUGGCUAGAUACAUGAAUCAUAGUUGCUCACCAAAUAUUUUCUGGCAGCCAGUCUUAUAUGCAGAAAACAGUCAAUCCUUUCUUCACGUUGCAUUUUUUGCCCUUAGACACAUUCCUCCAAUGACAGAGCUAACAUAUGAUUACGGAUGUUCGGGUCAUGCUGAGAGAAGCAGUGCACCCACAGGGAGAAAGAAAUGCUUGUGUGGCUCAUCAAAUUGCCGUGGUUCUUUUGGUUGACAUUUUCUUGCAGUUGCCUGUGCACAGGCUUGGUGCUGGCAAAUGUUUUCACUACUAAAAGCAGUUUGAGGGGUCUAUUGGAUGUUCCCAAAAUCCUUAGCUAUUCAGAUUUUUGUAAAACACAUUCUAAUUUGUUAAUUAAUUAUUUCCAUUUUUAAGUUACUUACUUGCUAUGCAUCUUUUAUCAAAUUUUAAAAUAAAUAAGGAAUUGUAUGGCUUCUUACAACAAAGGCAUGUGAUCUAGAUUUGAAACUGGAAAUGUUUAAGCCAGUUGUUCAGGCAGCUACUGCUUUGGAUUUCUGAUUGCUGAAUGCUGUUUUACAGAAAAAUUGCUCUGUUUGGGAAAUGUAAAGUAGAGGAAACAAAAAUUAGUAAUGUGUGAGAAUGAAUGCAU